GAGUAGUGUAGUGGGGACCCAUCCCAUCCGCGGCCCAUGAGGAGGGUAUGUACUAUGUAGUCUUUCUGCAACGAAAUCCACUUGCGAUCGGUUUCCUUCUCAAUCUAACCCUAAACCACCGAAACUGUUUCCUCCAAUAGCUCAUAGAUUUCCCUUCUCAAUCCAUCUCUACAAGUUGCAGUUUCAACUGGGAAGCACUUAAUUUCUAGCUACCACUUUGGAGAAUUUCGUCAAACUUCACAAGAUCAGAUGCAAAGGAACUACCAAGAGGAAGAGUAGUAGUCAUAAUGCUCCUCAACUUGUAACUAACCAUAUCACACAGAUAUAGAAUCUAGUGAGUGAAAUAAAUGGAUCCAAUUACAACAUCAUCUUCACAAGGGCGUUCUCUUCUCCCUCCUUUCAACACACCAAGAGAUCUCCAACUUCAUCACUUUUCCAAGAAGGAGACAGACACAGAAACAGGCGAAGAAUCUGAAAUAACAAGAAGGCCACGCGGUAGACCCGCGGGAUCCAAGAACAAGCCAAAACCACCCAUCAUCAUCACGGGCGACAGCGCCAACGCGCUCCGCACGCACGUCAUGGAAGUCGCAGACGGCUGCGACAUCGUCGAGAGCGUCUCCGCCUUUGCGCGGAGGCGACAAAGGGGCGUGUGCAUCAUGAGUGGCACCGGCACGGUGGCCAACGUCACUCUCCGCCAACCGGCUUCAAGCAACGCGGUCGUGACCCUCCAAGGGAGGUUCGAGAUAUUGUCACUGGCGGGGUCCUUCCUGCCGGCGCCGGCUCCACCGGAAGCGUCACGGUUGACGAUAUACUUGGCCGGGGGGCAAGGGCAGGUGGUGGGAGGGAGUGUUGUUGGGACGCUGGUGGCUUCGGGGAUUGUAGUGAUCAUGGCUGCUUCUUUUGGUAACGCUGCUUAUGAGAAGCUUCCGUUGGAGGAAGAUGACAACAAUGGUGAUGCUGCCACGUUGGCACUGCAACAAGGGGUUUCUUCUUCCAUGGAUUCCCCUGGGGCUAGUAGUAGUGUUCAGCAUCAGCAGCAACAUUAUUCUUCACAGACACAGCUUUUGAGGGAUGUAACUGCAACUCAUCAACUUUUCCAUCAUGCUGGUUUGGUCAACGCUCCGAAUAUUGUGGGUUCUUCCGUUCAUCAUCAGAUGCCUUCUGAUCAAGAUUUUUGGGCUUCUGGGCGCCCUCCAUUCUGAUCUUGAUCAUGGUGGUAGUGAUGCUGCUACUGUUGUUGAUGAGUGUCACUGUAAGUUUAUUAAUUAGCACUGGCUACUACUCAUGCAUGGAAUUUACCCAUCAAUUGCUGUUCGAUCGAGUUUAGCAGGAAGUCAUUAGUAGUUGUUUGGUGAUAAUAUUGAUAUUACGUAUCAUAUGCUUAUUUAGAGAUUUAAUUCAUGUGGAUAAGUGUGUUAGGUGAUGUAUGUCAAAAAUGCUAAAUUCACGCUAAGAAUUAGCUACUAAAUUAGUUAUUAUCUAUUUAUUAAUAAAUACAUGUAUUACU